AUGGAUUUGAAAUCACUGCUUAUAUACCUGACCCAAGUAGGAGCUAUUCCUGCGUCAUCUGCCAGGGUCAAAUAUCUUGUUGGUGUAGAUAGCAAGAAGAUUGGUGGUAUGCGCAACAUUAGGGAUGUUCCCCUUGAGCCUCUUGCUGAUGAGUUUGGAGAUCAUGAUAUACUCUGUGAAGUAGUCCUUGCACGGUCUAGCUCACCCGUUGAGAAGCAAAGAGGUGCAGAUGCUCAUCUCUGA